GCGAUGUACGGGUGGCGUCACAGGGCGGAAGUUGUUUUGCUCGUAUAUUUCAUCUGUGGAUUUAGUGUCCGGUGACAGUCUCUGGGCCCGGAAUAAAGACGGUAAUAUGUCAAUAAUCGCACGUGAAUGUCUGAUGCAGUGACGGGAUGGAGGUAUUGGACAGCCCUCUCAACCUCGCGCAUCAGCAGUGCAGGAAAGCAGACCGCUUGCUGGCUGCUGGGAAAUUUGAGGAUGCCAUCUCCUGUCACAGAAAAGCUGCAGAACUUCUCAAAGAGGCCAUGAAGCUCACAGAAUGUGAACAGGCCCGCUUGUCUCUGGAGCUCCAGAGAGACAGUCACAUGAAGCAGCAGGUGCUGAUAGAAGAACGAUGGAAACGGGCAAGGCGAGAGACCAAACCCAGAGCCCUGCAGCACGUCUCUUCAGACCACACGCCACGCCGCCACCCGCAGCCGAGCGCGGCUACCGGAGACACCUCGCAGCCAGAGCGCGAGUACGACACCUGGCUUUACCUCCUGAAGAACAAAGACGUCCGCCCUGAGCCCUGCCCGGGCAGUAAAGCCCAGAAAGACGACAAAACCCGCCUGGAGGAGCAGCAGACCACCAUCGAGGACCUGCGCAAACUCGUGGACAGGUUGGUGUGCGAGAACGAGCGCCUGAAACGGGACAACGAGAACCUGCGGACGGAGAACGCCCGGCUGAAGAAGGAGCCCUACGCCGACGCCGACUUCGUGGAGAGGUCGGAGCUUUGGGUUCUUCCGCCGUCGGGCGAGGAACGCAAGGCCAAGGACAUUCCCAUCCCUCAGCUACCUCCGCUGGAGAUGCCCACUCAGGAGAUUCCUCUGGAAGACCUUCCUGGUCUGGAGCUUCCCGAGGACAUCCAGCAAGAACUGCAGGAGCUGUUGGACGGGGAGAAGCUGUGACCGCUUCGCAGGGACCGCUUUUACACGUGAUCGGAGCGCGUUUCGCUCGUCCUUUCUCAGUGGCGCCCUCUAGGCUCCGUAGCUAUAAACUGACAAAAACAAGGAAAACAACUCUUUUGAAGUUUGUGUGCCUUUUUGAACAUUUCUAACGUGAUUGAAGAUCUGGAGAUGACACGUCAGUCAUAACGUACGAAUAAUAUCCACUUUAUCAGCCUCUUCAGAAUCCCACUAUGAGGUGUAUCCCGCAGAGACACAGCGGACGAUGAACACUGUGAACUACAUCCAGACUGUGUUUGUGUGUAAGAGAGAGUGUGUGUGUGUUUUGUGCUGUACCCUGACCUGUUGAUAAGCACCGUUGAUGUGAUGGAAAUGCAGCUUCAGUUUUCUACAUCAGAUGCAGUUUUAGUUCUGAAUCCACACACAGAGAUAACCAGCUUACAACCCUACAAACUUGUAUUGCCUUAUUGCAAAAGUCCAGUAGAGUAAUAUGAAGGCCGGUCAUGAUGUCACCUCUACCACCCUGGACGAUUCUUCACACAGUGUCUUUGUAGCAACCCUAAACUAUAAAACCGUGCUAAUGUUUGAUGAUUUGUAUAGGACUCUUUCUUUAAAAAUCAGAAAUGGUGGCAUUCGAUUACCGUACAGCGAGUGUGAAUUAUAAGCAAUAAUUUCAUGCAGUACAGUAACAGAAUCACAGUAUAGUGGCAUUUUACCUAAAGGCAUUUCUUUGUUUUCCGUUCGUCUUGUAAUUUCCCGCUUGGCUUUGUCUUCAUGUUGUGUCUGAUCGGUGGCUGCUCCAUCACACGAACUCGAUGAAAUGAAGGUCCUGGGAUCCUGAAGCUUCAGUCGGGACUCAGAGGAACCGUUGUUGUUUAAUUUGUACUGUAAUCAGUCAAGGGUUGUCCAGAUGUCAUAAUCACAUUGUUAACAUGUUCAGGUAACUAACUGCACAAUCAUACCAUGUUUAACAAUAAAGCAGGUUCACGUGCCGGAUGUGAAAAGAACGCUUUUAAAUGCAAUGCAAUGCAAUGCAGCAAAGUUUGGAAUAGUGGCUCGUAUUUGUGUCAUGAAGAGGGAACCAAAUCCACAUUUAGCUUUUUUAUUUUUUUAUUACUGGUUUACCACAGUAAUCAGGGCGCAUCUGAUUUUUUGGUUAUUUUAAAUCUUUUGUGUGAUGUUAUAAUCAUGAGGAAAAUGUUUUGAUGCAUGAAUGAUUGUACUAGCUGUAAGUAUAUGAUUAAGAGAUUAAAAACAAGAGUUUGUGUAUAAUUCUUUUGUGAGUUUACUUGAUCUGAUGAGCAUUAAAAAAAUGAACACAUCUGGAGGAUUUGAUGCAUUUGUUCAUUGUUUUACUGUAACCCCAUUAUCAAUACAAAUAUUAUUAACCUUUCACAUAUGAUUGUGUUCCCCUUUCAGCAGAAUUGAACCAUAAAAAGUAUGCGGUUUGUUCUGUAUUAUAAAAUUAUUAGUUAAAUUAAUAAAUGUAAAUUGGCAAAACUGUAAAAAAAUAGUAAAAUACUGUAAAAUUAGGUGCCGGAAAAAUACAGUAAAAUAACGGGCACAAUAAAUGACAGAAAUUUUCUGUAAUACAAAAA